GUAAUUACUUAUAUCUCAGAUUUGCUAGCUCUUAGAGUUGGGGCUCUGAGUAAGUGGACUCAGGUUAGACACAUUUUUAUGGAAGCUGAAGGAGGAGGACUGGAAAGUUUUAGAGGACGGGAGGAGAGCCUGAAAAUGCCGAGGUCUAGUGAGCGGAGAGCUGUGCAUCCUUAAGAGGAGAUACCAACAAUGAGAGAGAUGGCCAUGCUUCGUUGGAAAGAAAGCAGUGGCAAUUAUCACCUGCUCCAGAAUUUUAUGAUGGCGAUGCCCCAAAGUCAGAAUGAAGGACAUUCCAGAAUCCAGAUGGCCAUGAAGUUCACAGUUCAGCAUGUCAGUUUCCACCAUCAAUGGAUGUCACUGGUGAGGCUUGUACCAGUGUCACUGCUGCCUGCAUCAGUCCAGGAAGACAGUUCCCAUAUGGAGAGGUGACACAAAAUAUAUCCAGUGACUGGUCUCUGUGGAGAAUUUUCCUUUUUUGUCUCUUAGCCUGUGUAAUAACAACAGCGGUUGGAGUACUCAUAGUGUGUGUGCCUGGCCAGUAAAGGGGGAAGUAACACCACCCCCAUUAUUAUCCAUGUACCUCUGGAUGAUGGGGGACAUAUAAUAAACACCCCUGGAACAACCUCACUGCCUACUUUUCAACCUGCAGUCACCAGCACAACUACUAUAAUCACAGCCAAGGUUCCUACAAGCACCACAGCAGGCAGCUCCACUACUUCAGCUGAACCUAUUACCAUAAAGCAGCCCACUACCACCAUGUCCCCUGAACCUGCCAGCACAACCACCACAACCUCCACUUCACCUGAAGUCACCAUCAUAAUGCAAACAACCACCGGCAUUUCAGCUGAACCACCCACUCUGAUGGAUGCUGCCACGACUCUGACUGAAUCGACCACUUCAGCUGAGGGUAACGCCACCACAACGGUUAUAACCUUGUCAACAGAAAUUACACCUAGCACGACUCCAGCAGACCUUACAACAAGAACCACUUCAACAGAACAGACAGCUCCUGUGCCCACAAUUGAACCUGCCACAACAGCCAUCCUGACUUCUAAUAUAUCUGUAACUGUUACCUCUUCAAUUGAUCCUGGAACCCAUUUGACUACAGAUCCUUCAACCGAACUUACGAGCACAACAGAAGCGAUCACUUCUACUGAACCUGAAAAUGCAACAAUUUCUACUGAACCUUCUACUAUGACAAAUGUAACAACCUCUUCAGCUGAAAUUAUAACAAAUGCAGUCGAUACCACCCCACUCACCGAAGCCGAAAGCACUACAGUUUCUACUGAACCUACUAUACUUGGAGAUAGAAUGACCACUUCAGCCGAGCCUCAAACUUCCACUUCUACUCAACCCUCCACCACGGUACCAGCUAUCCUUGAACUGAACCUGAACCUCCCACCAAUUGCAUUGAGCCUACAACCAAAAAAGCCACUCCCGAUUAAACUGAAUUUCCAAAUACCACUAAAUGUACAGAUACGAAAGCAAGAACUAAAACUUCAUUCAUAAACGCUCAGAAUUUUUUCAGCGGCUGCUAUUAAAAUAACAGUGGCACUUCAACAGAAUUUAUAACACUUCAGAUGACUCUCUAACCCUGUGGCUUCAAGCACUUAAACUGAAGCUACAUCCUCAAGGGGAACCAGUAGUUCGGAUGACUUUACAAGCACUGCUAUCCUACUACCAGGACUGCCACCCCCACUUUAUCUCAGCUCUCUCCAGCCAGUACUUGAAGUAAACCUAUAAUUUGUAUAACUUUGAAUUUGCAACCACAUCAGCCACUGCUGCUUAUUCAAUGAAACUCAUCUCUCUCACAAGACAGCCACCUCAAUAUCACACAUUCACUCUGCCCCACAUUUCCACUAACCCUAGUUAAUUCAGGUGACAAUAACUAACAUCCAGGUAACAGAAGCUACAACUACCAUGGCUACCAUCGCUUUUAAUGAACCAACAACCACAUUUGGCCACCGUUACUAUUUUAGCUUAAUCUAAAAGCACCAUAUGUUCUAUGCAAUUUACUACCACAAAGACACUAUAAUAAUUUCACCUGAAGCUAUGACCACCAUUACUUCCACUAAACCUACAGCCAUCACAAAACCAAUGCAACAGCUGAACCGAUAGCUACCACAAGAAACGAUGCUGUAGAUUUGUCUGAAGUGGUGGGAGUAGCUGUGAUUAUUGUGGGAUCAAAUGAUGCGAUAUUUUUCAGCUGAGGCUAAAAUCACCACAACUAAUUGACUACCAUAACUGUUUCUGGCACCACUUAAAAAACCAAAUGAAACAAAAUAACUUUGCAGCAACAGAAUGAUCUCCUCAUAGCAAAAAAGUUUUAUUAUUAUCCCUAAUUAUCUCAUUAUCUAAUCCCCACUACCAUCUCUCAUAUUAAAUUUAUAUCUGUAA